UUCCAAACGUGCCCAAAUUACACAGAACUCCUGGAAAUCUAAGUGUCUCAGAAUUCUUCCUCCUGGGCCUCUCAGAUGAUCCAGAACUGCAGCCUGUGCUCUUCACCCUGUUCCUGUCCAUGUACCUGGUCACCGUGUUGGGGAACCUGCUCAUCAUCCUGGCUGUCACCUCUAACCCCCACCUCCACACCCCCAUGUACUUCUUCCUCUCCAACCUGUCCUUGGCUGACAUUGGUUUCGUCUCCACCACAGUCCCCAAGAUGAUUGUGAACAUCCAAACUCACAGCAGAGUCAUCUCCUAUGCGGGCUGCCUGACUCAGAUGUCUAUUUUUAUCCUUUUUGGAAUAAUGGAUAACAUGCUUCUGACUGUGAUGGCCUAUGACAGGUAUGUGGCCAUCUGUCACCCACUGCACUACCAGGUCAUCAUGAGCCCACGCCUCUGUUGUUUCUUAGUUUUGGUGUCUUUUUUUGUUAGCCUUUUGGACUCCCAGGUGCGCAAUCUGAUUGUGUUACAACUUACCUGCUUUAAGAAUGUGGAAAUUCCUAAUUUCUUCUGUGACCCUUCUCAGCUCCUCAAACUUGCCUGUUCUGACACUCUCACCAAUAACAUAAACAUGUAUAUUAUUGGUGCCAUCUUUGGUUUUCUCCCUUUCUCAGGGAUCUUUUUCUCUUACCAUAAAAUUGUUUCUUCCAUUCUGAGAGUCCCCUCAUCAGGUGGGAGGUAUAAAGCCUUCUCCACUUGUGGCUCUCACCUGGCAGUUGUUUGCUUAUUUUACGGAACAGGUCUUGGAGUGUACCUCCAUUCAUCUGCCUCAUCUUCCCACGAGAAGAGUGCAGUGGCCUCGGUGGUGUACACUGUGGUCACACCAAUGCUGAACCCCUUCAUCUACAGUCUACGGAACAAGGACAUCAAGAGUGCCUUGUGGAGGAUCAUCAUCAGGAUAGCCUAA